CAUGCGUCUCCACGGCUGCUGGUCCCGCGCCUCCUCCCGCCAGCUCGCCGACUGCUGGGAGUUGCUGUUGCAGGCCUGUGCCCUUACCUCCCGCGACUCUUCUCCGCUGUCUGCCCACCUCGGCUCAGCGAUGCCGGUCGACCUCAGCAAGUGGUCCGGGCCUUUGAGCCUGCAGGAAGUGGACGAGCGGCCGCAGCAUCCGCUGCAGGUCAAAUACACGGGGGCGGAGGUCGACGAGCUGGGCAAAGUGCUGACGCCCACCCAGGUUAAAAAUCGGCCCACCAGUAUUGCAUGGGAUGGCCUUGAUCCAGGUAAACUCUACACCUUGGUCAUGACAGAUCCAGAUGCUCCCAGCAGGAAGGACCCCAAAUACAGGGAAUGGCACCAUUUUCUGGUGGUCAACAUGAAGGGCAACGACAUUAGCAGCGGCACAGUCCUCUCUGAUUAUGUCGGCUCUGGGCCUCCCAAGGGCACAGGCCUUCACCGCUACGUCUGGCUGGUUUACGAGCAGAACGGGCCGCUGAAGUGUGACGAGCCCAUUCUCAGCAACCGAUCUGGAGACAACCGUGGCAAAUUCAAAGUGGCAUCUUUCCGCAAAAAGUACGAGCUUGGGCCCCCGGUGGCCGGUACAUGUUACCAAGCUGAAUGGGAUGACUAUGUGCCCAAACUCUAUGAGCAGCUGUCUGGGAAGUAGGGAAAUGCUAGGAGACAGAAAGCAUCCUGGAGGUCUGGAGCAGUGUUCUCAAGUUGAGUGUUGCAUGUAGAUUUCUCUGCUUUCCCGUGUCCCAUCCUCACAGGUGAGGCCUGAGCAAUCAGAUAGUGGUUUAGAGUGACUUUUCCUUCUGCCUGUCCUUUUAUAAUUUCAGAGAGUCACAUCCCAGUUUAUGUUUUGAUCAAAUUUGAACUCCUAACUCCUUUGUGAUGGAUAUAUUGGUACCAGGAUGGGGUCAUCACAUUGUUAAUAUGAGAGUAGCAACCCAGAAUUUAAGAAAGAAAAAAUUCAGGUAAAAAGACCAGGUCUUCUAGUAAUAGAGCAGAGCAUCAAAGACUCUUGAAGGGAGGUUUAAAAAAAAAAAAAAAGAUUCGUUGCCUCUGCCUUUGUGAGCUGAGUCUGGAAUUGUGCAUGAUGGCACUUCUGGGUCAUGUUUCCACGGCCAUGUCUCUCACCAAGAAAGCCAGAGGCUGGUGUGUCCACUAACCCCCAACAUCUCAGACUAUUUACUAGGAGUAAGUGUCCUGCUCUGCCUCCUUGAAAUAGCAGUAUUGGAAAAAGCAAUAGGGAGAGUUGCUUUGCGAUUAAGGCACUGCCAUUUAGAUGAACUACAGGGCUGAGUGAGUUUGUCAAAAAUCCCUAAGUUGUCUACCUGUUGAACUGGUCACUCUUCGUCUGUGUAAGAAAAGCCGAUCUGGGGUUGCGGACUAUUGUGUUAAUUAUGCUGUUUGCUUAUAGUUGAAUAAAAGUAAAAACAUUGUGUGGAUGAA